AGCAGAGCAUAGCAUAACAGAGCACACCACCACCAACAUCAACAUUCUCAUUUUCUCUCUCUCUCUCUCUCUCUCGCUCUCUCUCUCUCUCCAAGUUGUUUUUGGUUUGAUCUUUCAAGUUCAAUGGCUGGUGACGUAGGAAGAGCCUUGCCUCCUCCUGAUUCAGAAGAAUUCUCAACCUUGUUCAGCCAACUCCUCCAUAAUUCUCCCCCACUAGGAAUGGACCCCAAUCAUUCACCUCCUGAUUUCACCCCACACAACAACACCAUCGACAUCAACAUCAACAACAACAUCAUCAACAACAACAACAACAACAACAACAACAACCCUGUUCCUUCCUCUCCCUCAAAUUUCAAUUUGUCUGACCCCCAUCAUUACAUCCCUGCCUCUGAUGCCACCACCUUCAAACAACACACCCCUGAUUUCACUUCUUUUUCUGUUGAGAAGAGUGUGGAGGCAUCGAAACCUGUCCCACCACCACGUUCUUCUUCGUCAAAGAGGAGUAGAGCUGCAGAGUUCCAUAAUUUGUCUGAAAAGAGAAGGAGGAGUAGGAUUAACGAGAAAAUGAAAGCCUUGCAGAAUUUAAUUCCAAAUUCUAACAAGACAGACAAAGCUUCAAUGCUAGAUGAGGCCAUAGAAUAUUUAAAGCAGCUUCAGCUUCAAGUGCAAAUGUUAAUGAUGAGAAAUGGUUUGAGCUUGCAUCCAAUGUCUUUGCCAGGAGGACUAAGACCUAUGAUAAUGUCUCAGACUGGAUUGAACCUUGAUGGGAGUAAUGGAUUUCAUAAUUCUACCAGUGCAAUUGCCUCAUCUUCAAAUGAUGAAAGCUUAGUGCGGCAUGCUUUUAGUUUUCCAAAGCAAUGCAGCAUCUCAAAUCAGUCUAUUGGUGUACCCUCAGUGACAAACAUAGCAACUUCGGAUACCUCAUCCACUUUUCAUCCCUCUAUUAAGGAUGCACUCUACGGCAACAUGCCACAACUGUUUAUGGAUACAACAACGAUGGGAAAACCCUCUCCAGAUGUGUCUUAAACGGCUUGAUUUCAUUGAGGGAUAAAAGGAUUUUUUUAGAUGGCAAGUCACCUCGUAAAAGGGUAGCUUUGUUCAGGCAUUAUAAUCUACAUUUAAAUCUGCUCCCUACAUGACACUCCAUUGGGUUGUUCCUGGUGCAGUUUAAUUUGUAGCAGUUUGACACAAUCUUUGUGCCAUUGUUGACACUUGCAUAAAAAUGUACAAGUAUUUUAUAACUUCAUCAAUUGCAAAAUGCAGCUAAUGAAACAUUCUGCAACAAGUUGCGACUGACUUGUGAUAAUUUUAGAUCUGUUAUAUUCUUGGAUGAUUAGAUAUAUUUAACAAACUGCAUAUCGAUGUACAAUAUGCUAGAGCGGAGAAAACAAUAUUGUGAUCUUUGCCACUACUUUCUAGGUUCAAGAAUGACCCUACCUUAUAAUAUCAGUUAAUGUGUUGCAUGGACUGUA